AUGACGGACGUCAAAUACUAGUAAAAUUGUUAAUUUGGUUUAGUGUUUAUUAUAAUUGGAAAUCUAUUUUUGGUAUACAGCUUUUUGGAAGUUCAUAAAUAAGUAAAAUAUAAAAGUGAAAAAUUAAUUUCUUAACAACUGUUAUUUACCACUUUCAAGAGGCGGGAACUUUUGAUAUGAAUGUUGAUAACACUGCCGGCUUUAGUAACGUCAAUACUACCAAUAUCAAAAGCAAAACAAUGCCUGUUUUAUCAUUACAAGACCCGCUUGAACUUGAAGUAGAGGCUGGCGCAAUAGUACAGAAAAACGUAGUACGGGAGUUGGUUAAAGAGACACCACUUUUAAAGAAAAAAAUGCCGAAUAUUAAAGUAUUUAGCGGAACUUCCCAUCCAGAUUUAGCCCAAAGAAUUGUAGACCGACUCGGUAUCGAUUUGGGAAAAGUGGUCACGAAAAAAUUCAGUAACUUGGAAACAUGUGUGGAGAUUGGAGAGUCUGUGAGAGGUGAAGAUGUUUACAUUGUCCAGUCAGGUUGUGGUGAAGUAAAUGACAACCUUAUGGAGUUGUUAAUUAUGAUAAAUGCCUGUAAAAUAGCUUCUGCAAGUCGAGUGACAGCAGUCAUACCUUGUUUCCCUUAUGCACGUCAAGAUAAAAAGGAUAAGAACAUCUCGAGUGAGAAAGAACUCCAUGUUGAGAAGUGGAAGUCAAUUGAGUGGAAAUUUAGGGUAAAAAGCAGGGCACCAAUUUCCGCCAAGCUCGUCGCAAACAUGCUGUCUGUUGCGGGAGCCGACCAUAUAAUCACCAUGGAUCUCCACGCAUCCCAAAUUCAAGGCUUUUUUGACAUUCCAGUAGAUAAUUUGUAUGCCGAACCCGCUGUGUUGAAAUGGAUCAAAGAAAACAUAGCAGAAUGGCGAAACAGUAUAAUAGUAUCUCCUGAUGCAGGAGGUGCUAAGAGAGUGACCUCGAUCGCUGACAGGCUUAAUGUUGAGUUCGCUCUUAUCCACAAAGAGAGGAAGAAGGCUAAUGAGGUUGCCUCUAUGGUAUUAGUAGGAGAUGUCAAAGACAGAGUUGCCAUUUUGGUAGAUGACAUGGCUGAUACUUGCGGAACCAUAUGUCAUGCAGCUGAAAAGUUGAUGGAAGCCGGAGCUACCAAAGUGUAUGCCAUUCUAACGCACGGUAUUUUCUCCGGUCCGGCCAUUUCCAGAAUAAAUAAUGCUUGCUUUGAGGCUGUCGUUGUAACGAACACAAUACCUCAAGAUGGCCAUAUGAAAGACUGUUCUAAAGUACAGUGCAUCGAUGUUUCAAUGAUGUUUGCCGAAGCAGUAAGGCGUACACACAACGGCGAAUCAGUGUCGUAUUUAUUUUCCAAUGUUCCAUAUUAGUGCACUAGUUCUUUAUACAAUAUAUUGAUUUUUUACAAAAAAAAAUAGAAUUUAGGUAUGACUUGUAGUAAUUUUUUUUGACUUAAUAUUAUGAUCAAGUAGUAAGCGUUGAAAAUGUGAUACAUUGAUUUAAAUAACAAAAAUUAUGUCCAAUUAAUUUAGCAGAAAGUUACCUAUCAGUUUGAUUUUGUAUGCAGCCUAUAUAUUUUAAAAUUUGGUAAAGAUAUGAAUAUUGUUGAAUAAAUAAUGUUUGUUUGU